GUGUAGGUUUCUUCCUCUGUGUAGGACUUAUUGCCGCUCUCACGGGAUCCUGGACAGUGUCCCGUCCCUUGGCUCCGCCCCCGACCGCUCACUUUUCCUCCCGCUCCCAGCACGCAGACCGGCGGCGGGAGCCAGGGCGCGGAGGAGCUGCCCAGGCCGGGAGCGGGGCGCAGGUGCGGAGCGCAGGGAGGGUCCCAAGAACCAAUGAGGAGGACUCAGGACCCCUGCCAGCCAUGCGGACCUCCACGCCCUUCCUCCCCACACCCCUGACGCUCUGGGCCCUCCUGCUUAUCGCAGUCUCCCCUAGUGCUCAGACAGGAAAAUGGGACGACCCCGCCUGCACCAAGGACGUGGUCUCUGUGUCCAGGGGCCAGCCUGCGGUGAUGACCUGCAACAUCUCCAACCCCUUCUCCUUCGUCAACAUCUGCAUGAUGGGCUCCGGGGACUGUCAGCCCAUCUUCCAGAAUGUGACCCAAGGAGACUUCGUAGAGGACAGGUGGAAACUCUGCAUUCGAGGAGGCGUGGCACAGCUGGAGACGGAGGAAGCCCAGGACACCCAGGCGGGGCGGUACAAGUGGCUAUUGGUGGGAGGCCAGAAAAGUAUUGUGUUCACCACCCUGAACGUUUCAGAGCCCCCGGAGCCGCCCUUGAAGCUGUUGUCCUGGGCCCCGGGGACACUCCACGACCGGCUCGAGGCCCAAACCCACAGCCAACCCCAGGGCCAGUUCCAGAGCCAGGGCCAGUUCCAGAGCCAGCGCCAGGUGACCCUGGUCCUCGUCCUCACCACCCUCUUCAUCCUGGGGCUUGUUGUGCUGGUCUGGUGCAGGAGGCGCCGCUCACCACAGCUCCAGCUGGUCCCACAGAUGAGCUGGUUCUGAGCUGAGAAAAGAGUGGACACCAGCCAGGAGCGUGAAGAAGCCCACUUGGUGUCCAGGACCCCCCCUGGAUCCCCGCCCCAAUGAGGCCACCAGCACCAGGUGGUCACAAGGAGGGAGCCUUGCUGGCUCACUCCACCCGUCUGGCUGACAUGUCCCCGAGGUGGCAGACGGAAGCAGGAUCUUGUCCCAGUCUGCUGGCAGGGGACCCGCUGAGUGUGCCGGCCCUUCAGCCGGAGUUGGGGAGGCAUGUGCCCCGUGAAGAGGCGGGGCCUGAGGCCUGGCUGGGAAAGCCUGGCAGCAUCCUGGGCUUCCCCUGGUCACCCACGCCAGGGACCGGGGACAGGCCCUUCCCCACCUCCGACUUCAGUGCCAGCCACCAAACAGGGGGACCUCUCAGGGCCUCUCCCUCCCGCCCCCUCCAUCCUGGCCUGGGCUCCUGUUCCCCGCGGGGAGCUUCCUGCCCCUCGGAGGCGCCCCCGUUUUUGACUCUGAGCAAAAACAAGUUUGGGGGCCCCUACUGACAGUGGUCAAUGGCCAAGAUGGGGGGUUAGAGGCCUGAGAUGGGGCGCCGGCCCCCGCCGCCACCAGGGGGGGCGGCUCUGGGAAAGAGGCGGGGCAAGUGC